AUGGAGCCAAAUGUGACGAAUCUCAGACAGGGAUACCUCCAAAACACCUGUGAAUAUACCGCGGAGACGGAACGAGGCGACUUUCUGGUACAGGUGGCGUGGCCCUUGUGCUGGGGCGAAGAUCGCGUGCGGCCGGAAGACGACCAUGGGCCAAUUUCUACGUUUUAUCUCGUGGAUGGCAAUGUCUUUUUCUCUACGGCGGUGGACAUUACACGGCGCCUGGAAUUCACCAACAAUGUGAGAAACGUGGUUGUGGCUGUCGGCUAUCCCAAGUCAAACUGCGUCUACGACUUUCGGAGAGGACCUGAUCUCACUCCGCCCACCCCUGAUGGCCACUAUGACAUGCCACUUGGACGAGAUGGGAAACCGAGAACGGAUCUGAGCUUUGGAGAUGGCGACAAAUUUCUGAACUUGAUUCAGAACCAUGUCAUGACGUGUGUGGAGGAAACGCUUUUCCCCCAUGUAUCGCUACAAAGCGGACGCAAGGCUCUAUUCGGUCACUCGUAUGGCGGCAUCUUUUCUCUACAUGCCCUGUUUACCAGACCAACACUAUUCGACUUUUACAUUGCCGCGAGCCCGACAAUCUGGUGGAGCGACUACGCCUUGGUCAAGAAUCAAGAAGCCGAGCUUCAUCGUCGCAGGGACCCGGUAGAGCCGGCGCCCUCUCUGCUCAUUACGUGGGGGGAUCCCGAGGAUGAGCUAGUGAAAUUACCAGACGAGUCUGAUGAAUCUUUCGAGAGCCGGAAAAGCAUGGCGGAAGGCAAAGAAAUGAAAGAGAGCGCAGCUUCGCUGGUGGCUCGCUUACAAGACUGUCCAAGCGUCAAGGAUAUUUGGACGUGCCACUUUCCAGGCGAGGAUCACGGAAGUGCCGCGGUGGUAGGGCUCCAACGAGGCAUUAUGAAGUUUCUGAUUAGCAUGACUCAAUAG